AUGGACGCCGCCGUGAGCGCCGCAGCCGCUCUGCUUCUUGAGCAGGAAUGCGCCGGAGAUGCAUGCGACGUGGCGCACGCAUCCAUCGUCGUGGGGGUGCUGCAGGAUGCCCUCAUCAGCGGCCAGGCAGUCGACGUUCAGGCCGAGGCCGCCGCCUACCAGGCGCGCUUCCUGUCAGACCUGGUGGCCCCCUGCCUGACGAAGACGACCAAGGCCAAAUCCUUGGAGCAGAAGCUGGUGGCCCUCUCGAAGCACCUGUGGACGCGCCUCUCCAAGGCGGCGACCCACAAGCAGCCGCAGCACGCGCAGUUCCUGGUGUCCGCGCUGCGGCCCUCGGGCGCGCGCCGCCUCGACUGCCUUGGCCUCGCCGCGGCCGCGCUCGCACUGUGCCGCGCGCUGGCGGCGGCGGAGCCGGGGCGCCACGCUGACCUGGCGGCAGCGGAGAUGCUGGUGUCGGACGACCACUGCUGGCUCCGCAUCCCGCCGCAUCCCGACUGCGCGACCGCACCAGCCGCGGCCGCACCCGCCCCAGCGCACCCCGCUCUGUGCGCCGCCGACGAGGGGCCCGCCCCGUCGCCGCCGCCGCCGCUGCUGCCCGGACUGCACUUCGAAGUGACGGACUGCCGCGCGCUGAAGGCAGACCAGAUGGAAGGGCGCUGGCUGUACGGCGGCGGCGGCGGGGCCGCGCGCGUGGCGCCGCGCCACAUGGCGGCGCUGCUGGCGGCCGCGAUGACCCCGGAGGAGCUGCGGGAGAAGGACCCCGCCGCGGCGGCACGCGUGCGGGCGGGGCAAAAAGCGCUGCUCGCGGCGCUGGCGGAGGGCCGCGCGGCCGCGCAGCAAGGCGGCGGCGCCGGCGAGGAUGGGAACGGGUGCUGCAGCAUAGCAGGAGGCGGGGGCAUGGGUUCGGCGGCGCCAGAGGGAGGCGAUGGGGUCGUCAGCCUUGCGGAGGACGGCCAGGAUGAUGUCUUGUAUAGCGUGCUGAUGCGCUGGGGGCUGCUCUUUGAGGAGGACGAAGUUGAAGAGCUGGAGGCGGCGGCGGAUGACCUAGAUCUGCCGCGCGUCCGCGCCCUGCUUCUGGGACGCCCCCACCGCUCCCAGCGCCUGUACGCGCGCAGCCUCGCCGCCAGCAGCGGCUGGCAGCUGCACCCGGCGUCGGCGGCGGUGUGGGGGUGGUUAAACCUGGCCAACGCCGCGUUCUGCGGCACUGAGGAGGAGCCCGUCUCGCUGCGAGAGGCGCGGCAACAAGGGCAGCGGCAGCAGGCACGACUUGCGGCAGAUUCGGGGCCAGUAGACAACCCAGGCACCUCAAACAGUGGGGCAGCGGCUGUGGAGGCCGCAUCGGGGCAGAGCCAAGCUGUGGCGCCAGCCCAGCAAGCGGCUGAGGCGGCAGGGCCGUCGAUUGCGGGAAAGGAGGGUGUGUCUUCAGCGGCGGGGCAGGCGCUUACAUGGGGGGGCCUGGCUAUCGAGCACAUGUCGCGCGUGGGCGGCGCGCUGGCGCCGGUGACGGCGGUGCUGCGUCGGUACGCAGGCAGGGCGGAUGUGAAGCGGGACGAGGCGUUGCUCAAGGACAUCCGGGAGCUGCUGGAGAACCUGUCGGAUGCUUUCCAGGGCACCGCGGAGCUGCUGCAGGCAGAGCGCGGCGGCGGCAGCGGCGCAGGCGGGGCCGGUGGAGGGGGCGCAUCGGACAAUGGGCAGCUGCAGGGGCCGUUGGAGCAGCUGCUCCUGUUCAUGGACGGGGUCUGCGCAUACCAUGGUGAUGACGGGGACCUCCAGCAGGCGGCCGUCGAUCACUUUGUGACGGCGGCCGCAUCCGUCGGCAGCAGCACUCGCGCCGCUGCGCUCCGCGCGGCCGCGCCGCAGCUGGCGAGCGAGCGGUGGCGGCGGAUGGCGGACGGCGGGUUUUGGGAUGCGUGGGAGGCGCUGGGGCCUGGGCUGAGGCAGGCAAUCCAGCUGCCGUGCGGCAGGGCGCCCAAGCGGCCGCGGCUGCGAGAGUAA